AUGAAAGGGGAAAGGUCCUUCCCUUUUUGGCCGGUUGUGGGCGAGGAGGGAUUCGAACCCCCGACACCGUGGUUCGUAGCCACGUGCUCUAAUCCUCUGAGCUACAGGCCCCACCUCGUCUCCACUGGAUCUGUUCCCGGGAAUACCCUAAAAAAGGAACCUUUCCUCUCCCCAGCCAUUUCAUUUCGGGUUAAGAAGAUGCGAAAGCGCCUCUUUCUCUAUAAGAACGGUGCGUUCCGAGGCGUGAAGUGGGAGAGAGGGGAUUUCAUAAUUGGGGACCUCCCCUACAGUAUCUUCACCGCAGUAGAGUUUAACCACCAAGUUCGGGAUGGAUUGGUGUGGUUCCUCUACGCCUAG